UUGUCUUCGAACCGAAUAGAUUAUUACAGGCGCGGCUAAUCGGCAGCUCGAAAAUUGCCCGCGCGCCUGGAGAUCGAUUAAGAAGAGAAUUACCAUUCGAUCAAGAUUCAUAAGUUAAAAAGCUGAGGAUUAUGUGCAACGAAUACUUCCGUCGAACGUAACAUUCUCACGUGGUAAUUCGACGCGAGGAAUUUAAUUUAUUUUUACCGUGUAUUGUUAAUUGCAAGCAACGCUCCGCGGUGUUCGAACGCUCGCUUAUCGUGUUUGCUCGCUCGCGGGAGAUAAUGGAGAAAAAGGAGGAGCGAGACGGACAACGGAAGCGAGAGGAGGACGGGAGCGCUUGUAAAAUCUAUUCUUGCGUCGGAGACGGGAAUCGGUAGGAAUGCGCACGCUGUCGAGGAUAUCCAAGACGACUCGCCGCGUUGACUAUCGUGUAUCGAAGAUUCCCAAGGAUUUCGGGUCCUCGAGGCGUCGAAACGAAUGAAGUCGCGUGAGAGGAGCACGUCGCGAAAGGCUCCGAGGAGCUCGCUGGGCAAUCACCUGGAUCCGUGGAUCGAGUAAUCGAAUACAGAGGAAAAUGUCGUGCAUAGGAAUGGCACGUUACGAGGAUGGCUUCCGGCUGGCUGGACCCGCGUCGGAGUGCUCCCUCAGGAGCAAGGCUCGAAUCGACGCCCUUUUCGAGGACUCUAGAUCAAUUUACGGGUCCACCGUGGGCGGCUGGUACGGGGCAGUGUCCACCAUGAACUCGACCAACGUCGACGACACCGGCGCCGACGAGCAGAAGAGGGUGAACAGCGCCGUCCAGGCGCGAAUCGAGGCGAUGUUCGCGUCGGUGGAAGCCGAAAGCGGAACACCCGGGGAGUGCGCGGCCGCCAUUUUGCCGGUAAAGUACAUGGGAGCGGCUCCAGUGGGCGGCCGCGUGGCGAGCGUCCGCGGCCUGCAGGAGCCGCUCCGCCAGCUCCUGGAGCGCGUGGAUUUCUCGACGAAGGCGAAACUCGAGGUGUCCCGGCGCGGCUUGACUUUCCGCACGACGGACGGAUGCGAGAGGAACAACCCCUUCCGGAGGAUCGCCGUGUGGAGCGCGCUCAGGCUGCGCUCGAAGAAGGCCGCGUCCGGCGAGCAGCAGCACGCUUUCCUGCCGCUGGUCGGCGAGCAGGAUCAGGGCCAAGCCGGCGAGGACAAGCACGCGGACCUCUACAGGACGAUGCGGGGCUUGAAAGCGUCCGUGGAGAGUUACCCGCCAGUCUUUGCGGUGGUGAUGCGUCGGCCUGGCGCGACGAGGGUGCUGGAGUGCCACGCGUUCGCCUGCGAGACGGAGGAGGACGCGGUUGCGGCUGCGGCGACGCUGUACAGAGCUCUGCUGGCCGAUCUAGAGACGAACCGUCGCCGUCCCAGACAGGCGAACGGCGUCGGCUGCGUGAGUUUGGCGUCAGUGACGUCCAGCGUGCGAGAGCCGAGUCCGGGCAGCAGGAUCAGCGCGCGGACGAGCGUUCCGCAAGCGGAGCCGGCCGCGCCGCACCCCGUCAGACCGCCGAGGAUGAAGAAGAAGGGCUCGGUGUCGAGCUCCGUCACGGAAGACGAGAGCAGCAAGCCGGCGGAGGUGCAGAAAGCGCCCAGAAGGAAGAAGAAGAACUCGGACGUCAAAGCGGAGGACAUCUUGGAGGCUCGGGGGCGGCGGCCGGAGCCGAUACCGAGCGAGAAACCGGAAGCCACGGUGCAGAGCUUCGGCUCCAUCCAGAAGAGCUUCGACUCGAAGCUGAGCAAAGAGGAGGAGCUGCAGAACUCGAAGAACGUGUACCACGACGUCGCUCCGGAGAAGGCCAAGAUCGAGCAGUGCGCGGCUGAAGCGGAGAAGGUUUACGACGCGGGCGCCGACGGCUUCUACGAGAGGGUGCUGAACAGGUACGAGAAGCUGCCGGUGAAAGCGAAAGUGGAGGUGAUUAGCCCAGGAAGCCAGAGUCCCGUGAAGGGAGCGAACGACGUCAGACAGAAGAGCAAAGAGCACGAAAAGAGCUCGUAUCUGAAUCAGUCCGCGGAGUCCGCGAAGAGGCAAGCGUGUCCCUCGAAGCCCGGCGCGGUGUACGACAGAGUCGAGAAGUCCGGCUGCAAGGACGAGGAGAACUCGAUGUACGAGCGCUGCAGCAAGCGGGGCAGCAAGGAGAGGAUCUACGAGGAGCACUUCAAAGACGCUGACAAGAUCUACAGCAUCGCGCAAGAUGAUGUCUACAGCGGGCGGAGCAGCAGGCUCAGCAGCAAGGCUGAACUCAGGAGCAAGGCGAGGAACUCCCAGGAAGACGUGUACAUCGUCAAAUCCUCGAGAAGCGACACCUACCAGCUGAUCCAGGAUCCGGCGGACUCCGUGUCCGUGGAGCGCAGACGCUCGAAGGAUCAGGAGAAGGUCUCGUCCGGCAGGAGGCUCAGCAGAGUGGUCACCAUGGACAAACCCCUGAAGAAGCACCUGUGCGACUCCUCGUCGAACCUGAACCUCCCCGAGUACAGUCAGCCGAGGGUCAGGAAGAGGAGCAGAGCCGGCAGCGAGCCUCCGGUCGGUCGGUCCGAGGAGGCGCUGCUGGCUCUGCAAGAGGGCCGCUUGAAGAGGUCGCAGAGCGACGUCGACAUGGACAGGGGAGACCUGAUGACCAGGGUGGAACUGCCGCGAAGGGGCAGCUUCCUGAAACCUGGCAGCGCUAGGAGGCCGAACAGCAUCAAGGGCGGCACGCCCUUAGGAUUCACCGAGCUGUUCGAUGAGUUUAGGAACCAGGAGGGGCUGACUAGCGUGGACGACAUUCUGGCGGCCAUUAUAGACCCCGAGGGGAUGUCCUUCAACGACCUGAAGCCCUUGUACAAAGAAUUCCUGUUGAAAUUGGCAGCGACGCUGACGCAGGACGAGCUGUACCAGAGGUCGGCCAGCAUAAUGAGGAGGCGUCGAAGACCGCAACGAAGGCGAUCCAGUCGGCGGACCUGCUUGCUGGGCAGGGCCAUCAAGAGGUCCGUGUCAAGGUUGAAGGGCGGGCCCACGGAAUUCACGUCCGUGAUUUUCCCGGCGAGGAGGCUGAACGACAGCUUCGGCAGCAGCUCUUCCUGCGACGUCAGGAACAACCACAGAAACCGAGUGCUGGCGAACAGACUGGUGAAGAGGAGGUCCUCGUGGAAGAUGAGCAAGCCUGGCGGUUGCCACACCACCUCGGAGGACAGUGACACUUGUAGACGACUGAGUCGCAGCGUAGGCGCAGCCGCGAACAGGAGCAGCAGCGGCUACGUGAGCUGCAGCGAAUGCAGCUACGACUCCGAGUCCUGCACCUGCGUCUCCGCGGACAAGUGCUACUGCUCGCUGUCGAGGAGGGUCCCUCCUCAGCCCCGGGUCGUCAGCAACGCGGUCGUCUGCUCCUGCGACACGGACAGCUGCUCGGAGAGCAACAAGUGCUACUGCGCCCGGCAACCGGUCCAGCCGACGAUCCUGGAGCAGCUCAGACAGAGGGGCAUCGUGCCGUCCGAGAGCACUUUGAGCAGGGGCGGAAGUCCGGAGCGGAUCAGGGCGACGAGAACCAGCAGAAAUCGAACGCCUUCCCAAGGUUUGGAUGUACUCAAGAAGCAGUCGUCGUCAAGCUACGGCAGUUCGAACAACCUGGCGCUGGACUACGACUUGUUCAACCCAGGCAGGAAGUCUCAGCAGUCCUCCGACAGCGAGAAGGUGCUAGUAGUCAGUGCCAGAGACACUCAGGGACGUUUGGUUUACGUCGGUGGCGCGGACAGGGACAAAAAGUGUCUCUCCCACUGUUCCAGCAGAUCCGGGGCCCACCACGAAGCACUCUCGAUAAAGAAAAGCGCGGAAAUCGCGGCUGUUUUCGGCGCUGACUCGAAUCGGAUCAGCAGACGAGCCAGCAACGCCUCCAGCAUCAGAAGUUCCAUUAGUUUGGAGGCUGGUCUGGGCUACUUGCCCUGAUCAACGUGUCCCGUUCCACCCCUCCGGCCAGGCAGACUGUUUUCACGUCGGAAAAUUCACUUUGUAUCGAAGCAUUCGCAUUUGAGAGCUUAGGGGAGGAUUGAAAGAUAUAUAUGAUUUUAGAUGGUCCAUUUGACAGGAUGAGCAACGAGAAUUCUCUGGAGAAGCGAGAAUCUUGUGAAAUAAUUGAUGCUACGGGUGCCAAAGAGUUUCAGAAAGGAUACCAAUCAUUUUCAAAGAUGCAAACAUCGAGUGUAGAGUCACAUAAGCAUCGCCUUUGAACAAACUUACUGUGGGACUUCUUAUUCGGAAUCUAUGGACGGUUCGUCUGAUUAAAUAGAAACUAUGACUUGUUAGAUAUCCAAGUAAAAAUCUGUACUGCAGAUUGUUAAAUAUGGAUCCAGUGAUAAUAGUAUCAUUCCAAUGUUAUAUUCCAUUGUGUGCGUUUUUAUAUUCAAUAGUAUUUGUUAAUUGAUGCAGCUAGGAAUACGAUGACACUUAUUUAUGCAAGCAUGAGCCGGUUGACAGAGGAAAAGUGAAAUCUAUGUUUAGACGAUAAUCGAAUGUUAGCUGUAACUAAUGAAUAGGAAAAGAAAGGACCAAUGUACCGGGUAUACGGGUAUUAUUUAAAUAACGGUACUCUUGUCUACAUGCUUCGCAGAAAUGUGUCAGAAAUGUACCAGUCUUCUUCGUAACGGUAUCAUACACUCAUUUCUGCGGGACUUGAUCUCAGCAAAAGUGACUCUGAAUCGAGCGUGCUAAAUUUAGCGGUUUACUUGACGCAAAAUGGCAAACGAAACAGCGAAUUCGUGAAGUUUAUACAGGCAUGUACCUGUUCUGUCAUUUUCUGUUCUUCAAUUUAAAUGGAACCUCAAAAUUAGCGAGUCUUAGGAACAUAUCAACUUGUUUAUUAAUUUCUGAAAAAAAGAAAACGAACUUACAAUAAUACUUAAUCAAAUUUAAUGUAGUCCUGACUUAUUGAUUGCACUUGAAUGUGAUUUUUCAUUAAUGUGUAUCUGUAUGGUUUUUUUAUUGCUACACUGGACCUGAGAAAUCUAUUGUAAUUUGAUGAUAGUCUGUUAGUGAAGGGAACAGUGCAAUGUCGUGAAUCACUUGAAGUCUCGCUUCAUCGCCAGUCAUUGUUCUUAUUUUGUUAUGUACAGUGUAUGCAGUAUUCGUGAGAUAAAACAGAAACAUUGUUGUUCAUAAAGUUUAUUAUACAGGCAUUCUUUAUCAUGAAUUAUCACUAUUAAUAAAGUCUUUGUCCAUUUGAUGGAACU